CACGUGAAUUUUGGGUAUUUCAGUAAUUUAAGGUUUCCUUAAAGAAAAACAAAAUAUUCAUGCUCAGAUGGACCAAAAAAAGGCUCCAGAAUCGCAGUUCAAAAUUUUCAACCAUUCUCAACGGUCGAUAAUUUCAAAACACACUUUAUCUUCACCGUCCAUUUCAACAUCUAUACACCACCCGAUCUGAGAUUCUCUUUCACUUCGUUUUUCCUUGGCAGAACCUUUCAAAAUCUCGCCCUUUUUUUUAUUCUCCAACGUUCUUCCUAAACACUUUCAAAUAUAUCUCAAACCCUAAACGCGUCACUUUCACUCAAAACGAAGCCGUUCUCUUCCGAGAUGCCGUUCAUUUCCGAUACAGCGAGCGCUAUCAAGAGCCGUUUUGGCUUCCAUAACCGGUCAUCUUCAUCUGAGUCGGUCUCCAUGUCGUCGGUUCGUAAUACGCCGGAUCUUCUAGGGAAAUCGGCAGUGAGGGAGAAUCCCGGCCAUUUCACUGCUGCUGCGUCCGCAAUUCCGAGCAUCAGUGAGUGGGAGGAAGAUUUGACUGAGAGUACAGGAGGAGCGCCACAGUCGUCCCAGAGCUUUGAGUUCCAUGAAGAUCCAUCGUUUUGGAAAGACCACAAUGUGCAGGUUAUCAUUAGAAUUCGUCCCCUUAGUAGUUCUGAAAUCUCACUACAAGGCAAUAGCAAGUGUAUUAGGCAAGAAAGUUGCCAGACAAUUACUUUGACAGGGCACCCAGAAUCUCGUUUUACAUUUGAUCUUGUUGCUGAUGAACAUGUUAGCCAGGAGAAUCUCUUCAAAGUAGCUGGAUUGCCUAUGGUGGAAAAUUGCAUGGGAGGCUACAACAGCUGCAUGUUUGCAUAUGGCCAAACUGGGAGUGGGAAGACACACACAAUGCUCGGAGACAUUGAAGGAGGGACUAGAAGGCACAGUGUCAACUGUGGGAUGACACCUAGGGUGUUUGAACAUUUAUUUACAAGAAUACAAAAGGAAAAAGACAAUCGUAAAGAUGAGAAAUUAAGAUUUACAUGUAAAUGCUCGUUUCUGGAAAUCUAUAAUGAACAAAUUCUUGAUCUUUUAGAUCCAUCAUCAACCAAUUUACAGAUAAGAGAAGACAUGAAGAAAGGGGUUUAUGUUGAGAAUCUUAAGGAGAUGGAAGUUACAAGUGCACGGGAUGUGAUUCAACUACUCAUUCAGGGUGCAACAAACAGAAAGGUGGCUGCCACUAACAUGAAUUGUGCUAGUAGUCGUUCUCACAGCGUAUUUACAUGCAUAAUUGAAAGUAAGUGGGAGUCUCAAUCUGUAACUCACCACCGCUUUGCUCGGCUUAAUCUUGUUGAUUUAGCAGGCUCAGAAAGACAGAAGAGUUCUGGGGCUGAAGGUGAACGCCUCAAGGAGGCUACUAAUAUUAACAAGUCUCUUUCAACAUUGGGACUUGUGAUAAUGAACCUUGUAAAUAUUUCCAAUGGGAAGUCUCUCCAUGUUCCUUAUCGAGAUUCAAAACUCACUUUUUUGCUUCAGGAUUCUCUAGGUGGAAACGCAAAAACAACAAUAAUUGCGAAUAUUAGUCCCUCUAAUUGUUGUUCCCUGGAGACACUAAGUACGUUGAAGUUUGCACAGCGGGCUAAAUUUAUUAAGAACAAUGCAGUGGUGAAUGAAGAUGCAUCUGGAGAUGUUGUUGCUAUGAGGCUGCAAAUUCAACAGCUGAAGAAAGAAGUAUCUCGUCUACGAGGUUUUGUUAAUGGCAGAACCGAAAAUCUAGAUAAUGAUAGUUUGGCAUCAAGUGUUCCAGCAUCUCCAGCCUUAAAGUGGGAAGGUCUUCAUGGAUCAUUCAGUCCACUUACAUCUGAUAAAAGGAUGUCUCAGAAAAAAGAUUAUGAAGUUGCACUUGUUGGGGUCUUCAAGAGGGAAAGAGAGAAGGAAGCCGCUUUACAGGUCCUGACUGCUGAAAAUCAGGCAACUUUGCAGUUGGCAAAACAAAGAGAAGAUGAGAUCCAAAGCUUGAAAAUGAGAUUAAGGUUUCGAGAAGCUGGAAUUAGGAGGCUGGAAGCUGUUGCUUCUGGGAAGAUGUCUGCAGGGACACACUUAUUACAAGAGAAAGAAGAAUACUUGAAGGAAAUUGAGGUUUUAAGAGCUCAAGUUGAUCGCAACCAAGAAGUCACUAGAUUUGCACUGGAGAAUUUGCGACUGAAGGAGGAGAUUAGAAGAUUAAAGUCCCUUUGUGAUGAAGGCCAACUGGAGAUGAUGAAUGAACAGAUAAAGGCAUUACACAAUAAGUUGCUAGAGGCACUAGAUUGGAAACUCAUGCAUGAAUCAGAUUCCUUAACCAUUGAGAAAACAAAUUCUAAAGUGGUGUCCGGAGUUUCUGAUGAUCUCAAUGAACUGAGACAGGAGCAGAAUUCAGCUUGGUGCUCUAACCAUAAAGAGGAAAAUGAAUUUCUUAGAAUGCAGGCCAUUCACAACAAGGCGGAAAUGGAUGCACUCCAGAAAGAACUUGAAUUUUGUCUUGAAGAGAAGGAAGAGUUGGAGAGGUAUGUGAGUGAUUUACUUAACAAACUUGAAGAAGAACGGUCUUCAAGAUCGGCGAAGGAAGCUAUACAACAAACAGAGCUUCUUUCAUUGUCAGCGGAUGUGCCAACUAUCAACAAUCCUAAUGACCAAGUGGAGCUUAAAACAAUGGUUGAUGCCAUAGCAGCUGCAAGUCAGAGAGAAGCAGAAGCUCAUGAGAAGGCAUUUAAGUUAUCCCAAGAGAACGAUGAAUUACGAUCCAAGCUUAAGGGCUAUGUUGAGGAUAAUAAGCAACUCCUUGAAUUAUUUGAACAGAAAGCUGCUGAAAGAAAUUAUAAAAGUUUGAAUGAAGGUGACAUUAAUGAAUAUGUCACUAAUCACACUGAUGCUGGUUUACAUGAAAAUGGUGAAGAAGAGCUGGUCAAGCUGAAGAAAGAUGUCGAUAACCUUGAGCAACAGCUUACUGAAAUGCAUGAAGAAAAUGACAAAUUGAUGGGUUUGUAUGAAAGAGCAAUGCAGGAGAGAGACGAGUUCAAACGAAUGUUAUCCUCUUUGGGAACUCCGAACAGAAAGGAGCCUAGAGAAUUCGAAUGCCUUGAGAAGCUAGUUGAAGUCGAUGGAGGCCAAGACAGCUUGGAUAAACCUCAUGUGCAAUUUGAGUCAAAAGAUUUAGAGGGGGAAACUGGUCCCCUCUUUUCACAUGAGCAGAAUGCAGGAGAAAGUCGAAAGUUGUCUGAAGUGAUUCCAAAUGUCGACGAUGCAAAUUCGGAUAAUCAGUCAGAAGCAGGGAAUCACAUGGAAAUAGACCAACCAGAUACCACUGCUGCAAAGUUGUCUGAAGAUUUAUAUUCUACAAGAGCAAUACUGAAACAGGCAAACGAAAGACUUUUGGAUUUUGCCAAGACAGUUACUGAAUUCAGUUCCCUUGAGAAAUCGUUCCGUGAGAUCAAUAACCUUUCCAGAGAAAUAGAACUGAUGGAAAGUGGGAUAAAGGAGAAACAACGACACCUUGAAUCUGUUUCAAUCAUUUCUACCGAAAUAAAAGAAAGAAAAGCUUUAACUGAAAGUAAGUUAUCAGCACUCAAAUACACUAUUUCAAGCUUUUCUUCUUCAGUUGCUUUCUUCGAGCAGCGAGAAGCUCAAGCAAGGUCGAAACUAAAUGCCUCAUUGUCCAAGUUGGACAACAAGAAAGAAGAACUGGUCAAUCUUAAGAACGCCAAGGUCGAAAUCGAGGCGUCCUUGAAUAAGACACGGGAAUCUGAAUCAGCAACAAGGAACAACAUUGCCCUUUUGAAGUCAAAGCUUGAGGAAGAACGCAAAACACAAGAGAAUGACAAGGUUCUAUUCGCCAUUGAUAACUUGGAUAAAGUCGAUCCCUCGCAGAGAAACUUAUGUUUAGGUGGCAAAGCUAUCGAUUUACUGAAGACUGAAGAAGAGAAAAGCAAGUUGCAAAACGAGAUCAAGUCAUCCCGCGAAAGCUUGGCAACCAUUAAAAUGAGACACCAGGAUUUGAACAAUAAGCUGAUAAAGGUAGAACACGACAUAGAAACUGUUUCAGUGGAAAUACAAAAAGGAUCAAAGUCAGUGGAGGAGUUGAAGCUUGCCAUGGAAGGUGCAAUCCAAGAGAAACGGACGCUCCUCGAAACUUCCGAUAAUGGGAAAGCUGAAAUCGGUUGUUUGAUCUUGGAAUAUCAACAGAAUAUUUUUGAUGCAGAUCUGACCGAGGCGCAGAUGAAGGCCGUUGAUGAAGAACUGAAUCUCGAAAAAAGGAGACUAGAACAGUUGCAGACAUUGAGAGCUACAUCCGGGCAGAAGGUUAAGCAAUUGUUGUCAUCUCAUUCGGGUUUGUUGUCUGAAAAGCUGGAAGCAGAUUUACGAAGUGUUUGGGCAACUUUCGAGGAGGCUAAGAUCUUGUUAGGGGUGGAUCACUGGAUUGUCUGUUAAAUCAAUGUUUUCCACUUUAAUUCAGAACUCGAAAUCCCAUCAAAUAUGCAUCUACUUUGUGAUGUAAUUAACUAUUCCUUCUCGUUAAUAUCUGUUAGAUUGUUAGA